GUUAUGAUUGUAGGUGUUGUUAUACAACAAGAAUAACACAUUCAAAGUCAUGUAUUGUAAAAGUUGUGAAUUUUUUACCUAGCCGCAAGUUAAUGAAGAAAGCUUAGUCACUACACAUGUGGUCCUAAGGCGCUAUGGCGAACAUGGAAUUUAAUAUUAAAGAAGAUUAUAAAAAGAAUUUGGAUUCGAAAAAGCUUAAUGAAUUCAGUUUUCAAGGAUUGAGGGAUGAAAAAUUGGAAAAUAACUCUGAUUUUUGGUUAGCAUGCCUUUACGAGUUCUUUACUUUGGAAGAAUUUCACGGAGAAAGAAUGCUAGAUCUCGGCAGCGGACCAAGCGUCCAUAACGUGGCAACGGCAUGUGCCUAUGUUCCUAACGUUAUUCUUAGUGAUUUCUCAGAAAUCAACUGUGAACGUCUUCGAAAAUGGUUGAGAAAUGAUCCUGAUUGCAUCGACUGUUCACUUUAUUUGCAAAAAGUUGCGAAAGCUGAAAAACGGAACGAUGUAGAGGAAGCCUGCAAAGAAAUCGAGCAACGAAUUCGAUCCACCGUCAAGGACGUUAUUCCGUGUGAUGUGCUGGACGAUCAGGUAAUCCCAGAGGAAUAUAGUAAAUCACGUUUUGAUCUCAUACUGACGUCACUCACUUUCGAAUGUGCCGCAGUGAGCUGGGAUUCAUACUCGAAAAUUCUUGGACGAGUGAAUCAUCUUUUGCGACCUGGGGGGAAGCUGCUGAUGUUGGGGGCAACGGGAUGCUCAUACUGGCAGGUGGGAGAUAAUUGGUUCUUCUGUUUGCCUAUGGAAGAGACGGAUAUACAGAGAGCACUACAGAUCAAUGGAUUUGGUGAUAUUCGCUGGAAGCUCCUAGAAGAGCCAGAUGACGAACUAGUUUUUAAUUGCAAGAAGCUGUAUUUUGUAGUUAGCACAAAACUCUGAAACUUUUAUUUACAUUUCAGUGCUAAUUUAGUUUAAAUAUAAGCAGGGUAAAAGAAUUUGUUUUAAGUUAAUCACUUUAUUCCUAAUAAAUUCUUGGAUUCCAAAUGAA